AAAUUAUGAAAUCAGCAAUUGCAAUACCUCUGAAAGUACAGCGAUUUGUGAUUAUGAUGUGUUCGUAAUUCUUAUUGUUAGUUUGAGGAUUAUUUACAAAAAAGCUUGAAAUAAUACGAGAUGGCAACGUCCAGCGAAACUUCCGAUCAAAACGUUAAAUCCAGGCGUCCUGCUGAGUCUGCAUUCAAGCAGCAGCGGUUGCCUGCCUGGCAGCCGAUCCUGACUGCAGGGACAGUCCUGCCAACGUUUUUCGUGAUCGGCAUCGCGUUUAUACCAGUCGGUAUUGGACUGCUCUACUUCUCUGAUGAGGUCAAAGAACAUGUGAUAGACUACACAAACUGCUUGAAAGAUGGUGAGAACAUAACAUGUGCGGACUACAUCAAACGCACCUCCAUGGACCAGUGCAUCUGCCGCCUCUCCUUCAACUUGACGGAGGACUUCAAGAAUGAUGUCUACUUCUACUAUGGACUCAGCAACUACUAUCAAAAUCAUCGGCGAUAUGUAAAGUCUAGGGAUGACAGUCAGCUCCUGGGCCGUUUGUCAUUGACUCCAUCAUCAGAUUGUGAACCAUUUGCUUAUGCUAUUGAAGACGGCAAGUCCAAGCCCGUGGCACCCUGUGGAGCUAUUGCCAACUCUUUGUUCAACGAUACUCUGACGGUGCGGUCCCAGGAAGUGAGCAAGGAUGUGCCGGUACUUCGCACUGGCAUCGCUUGGGCCUCCGAUAAAGAAAUCAAGUUCAGAAACCCAGAGGGAGACCUUCGUGUUGCGUUCGCGAACUUCACGAAGCCGGUGAACUGGCGCCUCAAUGUGUGGGAGUUGGACCUCAAUGACACUGAAAACAACGGCUUUCAGAAUGAAGACCUGAUAGUAUGGAUGCGUACGGCGGCUCUGCCGACCUUCCGCAAGCUGUACCGACGCGUCGACCACACCAAGGAGGGCUUCAUGAACGGUCUGCUGAAGGGGCCCUAUGUCCUCACUGUUGAAUACAACUAUCCGGUGACAGACUUCGACGGCACGAAAUCCUUCAUAAUUUCUACAACAUCGCUCCUUGGCGGCAAGAACCCUUUCCUAGGCGUCGCCUACGUCGUGGUCGGCACGCUCUGUCUCCUGCUAGGCAUUGUGCUACUCGUCAUACAUGUCAAGUGCUCUAAGAGCACAACGGAGAUGAUAAACGUGAACCCCCGCACACCCUACUCCUAAGCUGUGACGUCACGAGGUGAAUACAGUUUUUAGUUUAUGAGAUUAUAUUAUGUUGUUAAAAACCAAAUAAACGGCACUAAUACUGUGGAAUUAAUUAUUGUUUGGCAAGAACAUCAAGUUGUCGGUGUCUAAGAUUUAAUAGAUGUUUAAUUGAAUAAUUUCAGCUUAUUCCUAAAUUUAUUCAACCUCAGUAAAUAAAUAGCUAUAAUGACACGAUUCUACAAUAUAAAAGUCAGUUUUUAUUGAAACAUCUAUUUACUUUGAAAAUUCAGGGUCUUCAGAUGUUUUAAGACAUCGUGUUAUUCAGUGAACCGAGGCCUUGUUGGUCGGUGCUUGUUCGUCACUAAACCAUCUGAUGUUCCACCGACCUUAAUGUUGUCCUAGAGACAAAGAAUCACCAGAGUUACAAUUUUAUCGAUAACUUUUGAACUAAUCGAUAACGAAAUCGAUACAGUGCUGGAAUUACUUCACCGUGGCAAAAAUUGGACAAUGAAUUCCAAUUAGUACUUAAAGCCGACGUCAUUUAAGACACUUAGUUAAUUACAUACCGAAAAAAAAUAUCGAUACAUAUAUCGAUUUUUAUCGAUGCAACUUGCCUAACAAAGUGUUUAGUAGAAUGUGAUAGAGUUGUGUUUUAAUUUAAUUGUGAUAAAUCAUUGUUAUUAUAGCUUUGUAUAUCUUGUUUAAGCUGAAAUGCAGCGCCCCAGUAGGUACGGUAGACUGCACAUCAGUGGUAACUGUCAUGCACUUUAACAGAAUAGUAAUAAGUACGACUUUCCUAUAAACUGUUACCACUGACCUAAAGUUGACUGUUCAACAUUUUCAGUACACAGUGGACUUAAAAUGCUUCCAUUACAGCUUAGACAAGCUAUUACUUAAUGUUUAUUAAUGUUAAUUUUAUUUACAAAAAUGUUAAUCUUUUUGUAGUAACUUACUAAAUGACAUGACAUAGAGAUGUUAUUUUAAAUUGUUUUUAUAAAAUUUUCAUAUCAAUGUUAAAGGAAACAUGACCUAUGUAUUCAAACGUUUCCCUCUGAUUAUAUGAAAUUUAUAUUGAUAUUAUUAUUUUCUUUAAAAUACAUGUAAACACGGAUAUCUAUGUAUCAAGUUGUCGCUAUCUAUGUAAGCAUGUACUAGGGCUUAUCAUCGGCCCGUAUGUGCAUAGGUCGCGAUAUAAAUUAUAUUGCUAUCGACGUCUUUCUAAUGCGAUUUCAUUGAAAUUAAACCGAUAACGAUACGUCAUCGGUUUUAUUUGCAUAUUUCUUCACAAAAAUAAACUUCGGAAUUUGUAAAACAACUAUGAAUAUAUGAAUACUUGAGACGAAAAUCGGAUCUCUAAGCAAAGUAUAAUGAAAUAAAAAUAUUCCAAAAUGUUUUAGGUAAAUGUUAAUGUAGGUAAUAUUCAUUGUAUUAAGAAUUAUUAUAAAACUGAUAUACAGGGUUAUAGGUAAAACACUAACAACCUCUCAGGACCAUAUUACUAAUAUCAUAAACUAAAACUUUUGUUCUAUGACUUUUAAUAAUUCUCAGAUUUUAGUUCAUCAAAAUUUUCACACAAAAAGUAAAAUAUUUCAAGUGUACGCUCUAAAAGUUACGAAGUCUAUGCGAAGCACAGUAAACAGUAGUACAAAAGAGAGCGGAGGGGAGCAGGGGGGAGCGUUUGACCUAUUUACGAGCGGCCGUCCGUCAUUUUUAUGCGCCCGCGUCGCAUCAUACGUGUCCUUGUAGGGGAAUUCGGUGGUGCGAACGUAAUUAUCUUUACAGUAUGGCGUAUCGAUAUUCAAAUGUCGAGUACACGGAAAUUGUGCGAACGCUGGCUAGGUGUGAUGACAAUGUUUCGGAAGCCUGUCGCCAAUACGCCAUACGAUUCCCGAACAUCCCUACACCUAGCUGAGUAACAAUGCUAGCCGCCACACAGCGGUUACGAGAUUACGGGCAAUUCCGGCAUGCCAUCAGGGAUAGUGAUCGUCCACCGAGGCACACAGUACGUGAAGAAGACGAUAUUUUGUUUUUUUUAUUUGACCUUUUCGUAAAAAGGCGGGAAAUCGUAGCGUAGCGAGUUACCAAUUCAAAAGUAUGACUAGGUACGAGAAUAGUGCGCGGGAGGCGUAGGGUAGACAAAGAUCUUGCAUUCAUUCUAAAAAUGCAAACCCUUCACCAAACGAAUUUAUUGUAAUGUGUGAUAAUCUCGACUCGUCCGCACACUCUAAGGUCGACUAAUCGCUCGACUGGUCUCGAUCGGGCCUUUUGUUGGUGAAGAAAUGGUAGGGGCGUGCAAAUUUUAUCACUAUAGCAAAAUAGAGUUGAAAUGUGUUAGAUAGACCAAUGAAAUCUUGUAGGUUUGUUUUUGGCAAAUGUAUUAUGUUUUAUAAAAAGUCAUAGAACAAAAGUUGUAGUUUAUGACUUUAGUAAUACAGUCCUGCAAGGUUGUUAGUGAUUUACUAAUAACCCUGUAUAUGAUAUUCAGCGAAAAUGUGAGCCAAUGGUAAUGUUUUUAUUUAUGAAUGUUGUUUCCAUUGUGCCAAUCGCUCUCCAUAGAUUGACGGCUGAUUUUCAAUCAUCAGCUUACUUCUAUCUGAGGAAUAAAUAUAGCGGUUUUACAUAUUUUCUACACCAAAAACUUUCAUAAAGUUGAACAUUCUUCAGAUAAAAGCUAUCUGGUCAUUGAACAUUCAGCUCUAAGUGAGGCUAAAUUCGUGUAUGUCAUCCACUCUUACAAGAGAAACACAAAAAUGUUUGUAAUAAUCUUCUUACUGUCGUUAAAUGUGAUUGAACAAUAAAUUAUCAUUUGAGCAAUGAGAAAGUGCAAUCUUGCAAUUGAUAUCUUAUUCAAGCAGUGCAUUUUUGAAAAUAAAAUAGUUAUUUUUUAUUGAUUCAUCAUAAAUUCAUUAUAGCUAUCAAUCAGAAAGAUUGACUACAUUUCAAUAUUAUGCACAUAAAUAUGAUUGAUUAUAAUUAUUUGAUAUCCAUUUACGUCAGUAAGAACACAUAUUUGGAACAGCACAGUUGCAGGUAAAACCUAUGACUUCAAUGUUAGUAGUGAAUUCUAAAGAAUGUACUAACUUAUUAGUUUAUUGAAAAGUGCCUUGUAUCAAAUAAUUAGAAGCUUUUGUAUCUCGUUGUCGCUACUUUAUAGUUUUAAUAUUAUCUCACUAAUAAGUAUUAUGCUAUUUAUUGUAAGGUAAGCUUGCCGCUACGUGAAUGUUAUGAAUGGUUGCAUAAAGGUUAUGGCACAUAUGAACGGCACGGUGCAGCUCUGACCCAGCUAUUAACUUUUUUAACGACGUUAAAAAUCAUCAAAUGACCCGUCCCGGCGUGGGCUAAAAACCGUCCUGUUCCGUCGUAGGCCUUUUAUGUACCAGGGCCGCGGUAACUCUUUCGAACAAUCCCGCAGCCCCGGCAGGACUCAGCGUGUGAUUUGAAUUUGACCCUCAAAUCGUAUCUCAGCGAGCUUUCAGCUACCGUCAGGUAGCUGCGCCGUGCCUUGCCGUUCAUGUGUUCUAUGACCGUUUGGAGUUAAAGUUACAAUAUUAUAAGACGCCUUAUUUGUUGAUAAUUUCAGCAAACAUUAUCUGAGCAAAGUAAUAAAUUCCAAAUUUUCUUGAUAGCAUAAAAUUUGCGUAGCCGCAACAAUCAAUAAUGAAACAUUCGAAUUAUUGAUAACACUGAUACACGCCUCUUUAUAAUUAAUGGUUUUUAUCGAUUCUGACAAUCUGGGGUAAACACUGCUUGUAUACUCGGCAUUUACAAAUAUCUUCUAAAUAACCAGUAAGUAUAACCGAUAUUGUUGUAACUAAGUACUAACUUGGGCUUACUAAAUUCAUCGACAAGGUAAACGUCAGUUUUCUCACUGUUGACUAUGAUUUGUUUACGUUCCUACGUUAUUUUUAAAGUAAAAUUGUUUACUUUGAAAAUUGUAACUCGGUACUUUUAAGAACGAGUUGUUCUAAUAAAUUUUUGUUGUCGGUGUACUCAGGCCUAGAAGUCGAUAAUAAAGAAACGUAGGACUUUGCGGAAAGGACUUUUCACGUGUUUAAAAAUUUGAAAUACUUAAAGAGAUCUAAGUAGGCAAGUGGUGUGUACCUCUUUCUUUCUAUGCUUGUAUAAUUAACAUUGCAUUUAAUUCUAUUUAAUUGUAUUCUAUUCUAUUCACUUCUUUUGUAAGUAUAUUAAGUAUUAGCAGUACCUAUCUUUGUAUGAAAGCACGAAAUUUUUAUUGUGAACGUAGAGGUUUAGUUGAAUAAAUGUUUAAAAAAAAAACAA